GUGUAAACGUCUCUUUUCGGGUGUUGGUAAAGAAACUAAAUAUUGAAAAAAAAAUCUUAAGAAAAGGAAUUAAAAAACGUUUUUAUUAGAAAAAAGGAGAUUGAAAAUAGUUAAAAAUUAAAAACAAGUUGCAAUAAAGUAGUACCAAUAAAAGCCAGUGCAGUACGUCUAAUAAACUAGAAAAAAACAAAAUGAGCUCACGUUUCAUAACUGAAGGUGGCACACCUAUAACGCCAGAAUUGGCAACGGAACUUCGACAACUCGUUUUUGGUACUUCAUCCAUUCCCAUGCGCGCGGAGUGGACACAAACGCCUUUCACUUUUGGGCCAGCCAAAGAAGAGCUCUCCUAUGGGCUACGUUCACCGCGUAAUGCCACACGCGGCCUACUCUCCGUCGUGCAGGGUUUCAUUUUAAAAUAUCUGCUCUUUGGCCGACGCGGACGUACCAAUCAGGACCCGCUGAUUUGCACGCAGGAUAUGCAAACGAAUGCUCUGAUAAAUGCGUUGGUAGAAAUUUUGCGAUUAAUUUCAGAUAAGGGGAAAGUAACAAUGGUUUUGCCCUCACCGGACGAUGAGGUUUUCGUGGAUCAUAGCGUUACUUUCUUCCACGAUUCAGUGACUGAGAAGUUAUAUAUUUUCACGCUAUCACCACAUGAUGAGCUGGAGUUCUUCAUAAAACGACACUUGAAAUUGUUUACUGAAGAGGAUUCACCUGGUACUUUACUCUUUUUAUAUAGCGCAGUCCUAACGCGGUCGAUGAGCAAAAUACGCAACGACCUCGAUUCAAACACUAAGGCAGUGCCUUUGACAAUGACGAAUAAUGAGGAGGGCUCCCUGAUGAUUGUAACAUUACUUUUGACUGGACGAGCCACUCCCUACUUGCAUAAUGGCGUUGUAAAUGUCGGCGAUGAAAAUACUUAUGCCAUACCGCAAUAUGGAAUACUAAGUCGUUGUACAAUCGGAUUUUUGCUCUGGGACUCUGAUAGUACACAGCCUUCCGUAGUGGCCUCACGCCAACCUGGUUCUCGGCUCAAAACACCCAACUAUCCCAUUUGGAUUACCAGCUGCAGCGGUCACUUUGGUGUGGUUUUCAAUCGAAAUCCGGAACUUUUACGAAAUUAUCACGCAGAGUCGCGGUUCGAUUUGAAUUAUUACAGCUGCUCCGGCCACAAUGUUUUCAUGACUAUCGAUAAUCGUGUGUACAAUGAACAGGCAACGGGCAUGUUGGAACGUCAGGCGACCACAGAAAGUAGCAACGUAGCUGGGGCAGCAGGUGGUCGCAGAGAUGACGAAACUGGUGGUGUUGGUGGUGGUGGUAAGAGCGUUGCCAAUGCCGGUGAUAACGCCGAUUUGCUGGCACGUGAAGAAUUGACAAUGAAUACACCAUUGCAACGUUUAAUACACACCAAGUGGGAGGAGGCGCACAUACGUUUCAAUGUGCAGCCAUCCAUGCUGAGUUAUCUAUUUUGCACAACACCAUAAAGUAGGUGAGGCGAAGAGUGUGCGUAUGCACACGAGCCAGUGAGUGUACAGUUGGGGAGACAUGUGACAGCUAAGUCGAUUUCAUAAAUCGUUUGGAAUGCAAUGAAGUGUGGUGAAAUGCAGCUGUGCUUUUCAGUUUUUGUUUACGCAGCCUUUAAGCCGCAAUUGCGCACAGCAAAAUGGAUGGAUUUCUUCUGCUUCUGACAGCUUUAAAACCUAAAUACAACAUUUUUGUAUACAAAUAUUUGCACAUGAAGCUUUGUUGAAAUUAGCACUUAAAAUAAGUAAAAACUUAAAUAAAAAGACACAUAUCACUUAA